UAUUGGUGUCAAAAAGUAAAAAUCUUUAGAAAGAAAGAAAUGAAGAGAAAAAGGUAAGGUAGUAUUGACUAUUGACUAGUAUUGAGUAAGAAAGGUUCACAUGAAACGGCACACACCGUAUCAGUCCCAACAUUUCAAAACCGCUCUUUUUUUGAAAACCCAGUUGUUUUCACUUCACUGGUUCCUAGGUUUGUGUUUUGCCUAUAUAAACACACCACCAAACACGGUACUAAACACACUCUUCUGUUUCUCUUUCAAUUUCUUUCACUCUUCUGUGUUCUUCUUCUUCUGCAUUUUCCCCAAUUUCAAUGGCUGCUCAAUUUCCAUGUGACCCCCAAGGCGUGUGCAUGGUCUGCAAGGUUGUUCCCCCUGACGAGGAGAAUCUCACCUGCAACACCUGCGCCACGCCAUGGCAUGCGCCUUGCCUCUCCUCCUCGCUUCCGGCCACCGUCGCCGCCACCAAUGACUGGCAAUGUCCCGAUUGCACUAAUCUCUUCUCGGCUCCGGUCAAAUCGUGCCGGGACGGCCCAGACGGGGAGCUGGUUUCUGCUAUCUUAUCGGUGAAGGCUGAUGAGUCUCUCACGGCGAGUCAGAAGGCUAGGAAAUGCCAACAGCUCCUCGCCGGAAAGUCCGCUGCGGUCGAGGAUGAGGAUGAGGAUGAGGAUGAUGAAGAAGAAGACAAAAAGGAUGACAACAACAACAACAACAACAACAAAAUGUCUGUUUCUGAUAUUCUCACCCGCACUCUCAACUGCUCCAUCUGCAUUCAGCUUCCUGAGAGGCCUGUCACGACUCCUUGUGGACACAGUUUCUGUCUGAAGUGCUUUGAGAAAUGGAUUCGGCAAGGGAAAAGAACUUGUGCCAAGUGCAGGCAGAAUAUCCCUGCGAGCAUGGCGAGCCAGCCUCGCAUCAAUUCUGCGCUAGUGUUUGCCAUUCGUAUGGCGAGGGCGUCAAAAGCGAAUGGUGGUGCUGGUGCAGGGCCUUCCGGUGUUCGGCAUUUCCUGCAUAACCAAGAUAGGCCAGACCAGGCGUAUACUACUGACCGUGCACAGAGGAGUGGCCGAGCAAAUGCCUGCAGUGGAAAGAUUUUCGUGACUGUGCCGACUGAUCAUUUUGGUCCAAUCCUUCCCCAGAAUGACCCUUUGAGGAAUCAGGGUCUGCUCGUCGGUGAAUCUUGGCUGGAUAGACUGGAAUGCAGGCAAUGGGGUGCUCACUUUGUGCAUGUUGGUGGCAUUGCUGGACAAUCUGAUAGGGGAGCACAGUCUGUUGUGCUUUCUGGAGGAUAUGUUGAUGAUCAGGAUCAUGGAGAAUGGUUUCUCUAUACUGGAAGCGGUGGUAAAGAUCUUACUGGGAAUAAGCGCACAAAUAAGAACCAUUCCUUUGAUCAAAAAUUUGAGAAGUACAACCGGGCACUUCAGUUAAGUUGCCUGAAAGGUUAUCCAGUUCGAGUUGUCAGAUCUCACAAAGAGAAGCGAUCCUCAUAUGCCCCCGAGAAAGGAGUGCGGUAUGAUGGAAUUUAUAGAAUUGAAAAAUGUUGGCAGAUAGCAGGAGUGCAGGGUUUCAAAGUCUGCCGAUUUUUAUUUGUUAGAUGUGACAAUGAACCUGCCCCAUGGACAAGUGAUGAUCACGGGGACAGACCAAGGCCUUUACCAGCUGUCCGUGAGCUGAAUAAGGCCACAGGCAUACACGAAAGAACAGAAGCACCUGCUUGGGAUUUUGAUGAGGCGAAUUCUUGCUGGAAAUGGAUGAAACCACCCCCUCCGAGUAGGAAAAAGAUACAAACCGAGGAACCCACACCCACACAAAUAGCUAUAUCAGCUAAAGAGGCUAAAAGGUUCCAAUACAUGUCGAUCAAGGAACAAUUGCGUAAAGGGUUCUCGUGCCUCAUAUGUAGUGAGGUUAUGGUCUCACCAGUGACAACUCCAUGUGCUCAUAAUUUCUGCAAGCCAUGCUUAGAGGGUGUAUUUGCUGGUAAGUCUUCUGUGAAGGAGAGAAGCAGGGGUGGGAGAACACUUCGGGCCCAGAAAGUUGUGAUGAAGUGUCCUGGAUGCACUGUUGACAUCUCUGAUUAUCUUCAGAACCUUCAGGUUGAUAUAGAUUUGAAGGGUGCGAUUGAAUCACUGAAAGCCAAGGCUGAAGAAAAUGGAGAAUCACUGGAGUCAAGUGAAGAUGCAGAUGCUUGCAUGGAUGAAGAUACUGGCUCAGUGAAAGAAAACUCCGGGGAGGAGUUAAGUGGUUCAACUGGGACCAACAAGGCUACUGAAAAUGGAGAACCAUUGGUCUCAAGUGAAGAUGCAGAUGCUUGCAAGGAUGAAGAUACUGGCUCAGUGAAAGAAAACUCUGUGGAGGAGUUAAAUGGUUCAACUGAGAGCAAAAAGGUGCCAGAUCAAGCAGUGAAGCGCAAUGCAAAGAGAAAGAAAAAUGAUUCUGGAGAACAAUUGGCUGAUAAGGGUGAUGGUCAAAAGGCUAAAAGAGGUAGAAAAUCCAGAAAAGUUGAGAAAGCAGUGAAUGAAGCAAAUGAUUCUCCAUCCAGUCCAUUAGAUCACCAGUAAGGAAUUGUAAGGACUGGACCAGAUCACCAGUAAGGAAUUGUAAGGACUGGACCAUCAGCUGGUUGGAUUAUGGUCGGGUGGUCUCUUUAAUCUGUCUUUUUACUGUUUUGGCUAUGUUUUGGGGUCUGUUUAUAUUGGUUAGUCAGCUGGUUGGACUAUUUUUUUUAAGAUGUACACAAUUUAAAAGCAAAUUUACCUUUCCUAGUGAGAUGGUAAUUUUACAUCCCAACAUCAAUGAAGCAUUUAGUUCUAUACAA